AUGGGGGCGGGUGGCAUGCCCGGCGGCGAGGACGACCCCCUGAUGAAGAUGCUCUCGCAGAUGAUGGCCGGUGGUGGCGGUCCUGGUGGAAUGCCCGGGUUCCCCGGCGCUGGCGGUGCGCAGGGUGGCUUCCCUGCUGGAUUCCCUGGAAUACCCGGUAUGCCUGGCAUGCCCGGCAUGCAGACGCCUGAGCAGGCCAAGGCUUCGUCCUCCGCUUAUCUCUGGCGUAUCCUCCACGCCGUCUUCGCCAUUUCCCUGGGUCUGUAUAUCGCCCUGACGACGACCUUUUCCGGCAGCAAGCUCGAGCGAGAGCGCACGGCGCUGGCGUUCAGCUACCCUGUUGGCAGCGACGAGGCGGUCACGGAUGUCAACAGCAUGGAGAAGGGCCGCGAGGUCUUUUUCUGGAUAUUCGCAACGACCGAGGCCAUUCUGCUCACCACGCGGUUCUUCAUUGAGCGUGGACGCGCGCCGCCCGGAGGCAUGUUGUGGACUGUUGUGGGGUUCUUGCCUGGUAGCAUCAAGACCUAUGCCGAGACGGUGUUGCGUUACGGACAGAUUUUUGCCACAGUCAGGAGCGAUAUCCUCGUCUGCGUUUUCGUCUUGGGUGUUGCCUCGUGGGUGCGCGGUUGA